UCAGCUCGGAUGUGCGCGGCUCCAUCCCUCUCUCGCUCGCUAAAGCGUCUUCAUGUACGGUUCGCCCCCAUCCAUGCCAGGCUCGUGAAAGAGAGAGGAGGGGAGGCAAGCGGGGAAACUUUCUGAAGACACCGCCUGGGGUCCGACGGCGCCGGCAGCAUGGGAUCGAUGGCUUCCAGAAUCCUGGCAUACAUGUACUUGGGACUCAAGAUUCUCAUCUACACCUGUGUGGACCACGGACACCCCCACCCUCAGCCCUGUCACAUCCUGGCACGGAUAGGGCACACGGUGCGUCUGGGCGUGCUGCUGCCCAGUCGCCAGCCGGCGCGAGUGCACAGCGCCCUGAACCGCGCCCUCAGUGGUCUCGCUCAAACUCGGGAGGGCAGCCUUCUGCCGUACAACCUGAGUCUGGAACUGGUGCCCGGGGAGCCGCUGGACGGAGACCCCGAGACGCUCUUCACCUGCGUGUGCCAGGCCAUCGUGGCGCAGGGGGUCUCCGCAGUGCUGGCCUUCCCCCAGGGCUUGGAAGAGCUCAUCCAAGUGGAUUUUAUGUCUGCCUUUUUGGAAAUACCUUUCAUUAGCAUACUGGAACGCGGGGAAGCCCUGGACACCAAGAACCCGUUCCACCUGCAGAUGCUGACCCGCAGCCCACCGAGGUCGCUGGCCGAGUUGCUGCUGAGCGUCCUUCACCGAAGUUCCUGGCAGGAGGCCACGGCCGUGCUGUGCCAAGGCUGGCAAGAUCUGGACAUUCUAGAGCUCCUCAGCACCCACGAACACGACUGCCCAUUGCUGCUGCGAGCGGUCAUUGACAUGACCGCCUGGGGUCCUGAGCAGAGCGAGGACAUGGAGGGCUAUUUGAGUGACCACUUCAAGUCGCUGCCUCCUUCCACGGCACUGUUGCUGGGCACAGACCCUCAGUGCAUCUCUAACGUCCUCCUGACCGCCCAGAAGCUCGGCCUGACCUUGCCCGCGGUCCACUGGGUGGUGGCAUACCCUUUGAACCCUGAGGCCCUGCACACCAUCGGCCUGCCUUAUGGGCUGCUGGCCUACGGGGAGGUGAACCUCAAGCCCCUGCACUUCUACAUUCAAGACGCCAUCGAACUGCUGGCCCGGGCCAUCUCUGUGGCAGUUGAGCAUCAGCCCGAGCUGGCCCUCCUUCAGACGGUGGUCAACUGCUACGAGAAGAGGAGGUACGACAGGAGCCUGACGUCUGGGAGGUAUCUGUCCAGGUUUCUGGCCAACACCUCCUUCGACGGGAUGACCGGACAUGUGUCAGUUGCCAACGUCUCCCUGGUGCUGACCACCCACACCUUCCACAUCUGGAGCCUACAGCGGGACCCCUUGGGCCAGCCCUCCUGGGUCACAGUGGGCACCUGGCAGUGCGGCCGCCUGGAGAUCGAGGAGCAGAGUUUCUGGCAGGGCCGAGGGCCAUGGAGACGGUGGGCCGGAGAGGCGGGCUGGAAGGGUGGCCGCUGGGAUGGCAUCUCCAGAAGCCAUCUGCGAGUGGUCACCCUGGUGGAGCACCCAUUCGUCUUCACGCGUGAAGUGGAUGAGGAUGGCAGUUGUCCAGCGGGGCAGUUUUGCCUGGACCCCCGAACCAAUGACUCCGAGGUGCUGGACCGCCUGUUCCAGGAGUUGUCUCAGGAGAACAGCACAGCGGUGCCCCCUGCCCUCCGCAAGUGCUGCUACGGGUACUGCAUCGACCUGCUAGAGAAGCUGGCCGAGGACUUGCGCUUUGACUUUGACCUCUACAUCGUCGGCGACGGCAAGUACGGCGCCUGGAAGAACGGCCGCUGGACAGGACUGGUGGGGGACCUCCUGAGUGGAGCCGCAGACUUGGCAGUCACCAGCUUCAGCAUCAACUCGGCCCGCAGCAAAGUCAUGGAUUUCACCAGCCCCUUCUUCUCUACAAGCCUGGGCAUCUUAGUGCGGAGCAAAGACACAGCCGCCCCCAUCGGCGCCUUCAUGUGGCCAUUGCACUGGUCCAUGUGGGUGGGCAUCUUCAUGGCGCUCCACCUCACCGCCCUCUUCCUCACGCUUUAUGAGUGGAAGAGCCCAUUUGGCAUGACGCCUCACGGACGCAACCGCAAAAAGGUCUUCUCGUACUCCUCGGCCCUCAACCUGUGCUACGCCAUCUUGUUCGGCCGGACUGUCUCCAGCAAGACCCCCAAAUGUUGGACGGGACGCUUCCUCAUGAACCUGUGGGCCAUUUUCUGCCUUCUGGUCCUCUCCAGCUACACGGCCAACCUGGCCGCCGUCAUGGUGGGUGAGAAGACCUUCGAAGAGCUUUCAGGAAUUCAUGAUGCCAAGCUUCACCACCCCUCGCAGGGCUUUCGCUUCGGGACGGUGCGGGAGAGCAGCGCCGAGGACUACAUGAAGAAGAGCUUCCCAGAGAUGCACGAGUACAUGCGGCGCUUCAACGAGCCCACCACGCCGGACGGAGUGGCCACGCUCAAGACAGAUCCGCCUCAGCUGGACGCCUUCAUCAUGGACAAAGCCCUCCUGGACUACGAGGUGUCCAUCGAUGCCGACUGUAAGCUACUGACGGUGGGCAAGCCGUUUGCGAUCGAGGGUUAUGGCAUCGGGCUGCCCCAGAACUCGCCGUUCACCUCCAAUCUCUCCGAGUUCAUCAGCCGCUACAAGUCCGAUGGCUUCAUGGACAUGCUGCACGACAAGUGGUACAAGGUGAUCCCCUGCGGCAAGAGGGUGUUUGCCGUCACCGAGACUCUGCAGAUGGGGAUCCAGCAUUUCUCGGGGCUCUUCGUCCUCCUGAGCGUUGGGGUCUCAGGGGCCUUGCUGACCCUCGCCGGAGAGCACGCCUUCUUCCGCUUCAUCCUGCCUCACAUCCGCAGGCGGCAGAAGUUCAAGUACUGGCUCCAUACCAGUCAGAGGAUCCACCGCGCUCUGAACAUGACCUACGAGGACGUGAAGAACCAAAGGGCCAAAGCAGAAAAAAGCUGCAAUCUUCAGAAGACUCAAGCCGUGAACCCCCCCAGGGGGCCGUCCUCCUGAGGUCCCAUCUCCAAUCCAACUGGAAUAACGAGAAGAGCAAGAGCAUCCCGGACAAGAAGGACAACAAGCGCGUGCACUUCAACCUGGAGACCCUCAA